GUUGUAGUCCAGCCCCGUGGCCGAGGCGGGGCGUCGGCGUGAGUCUGCGCGUGCGCACACUCCCUGCCGAGCAGCAUGGCGGACGUACAGCCGCAGCCCUGCAAGCGGAAGCGCGAAGCCGACGCCGAGGAGACGGAAGAGCCCGCCCGGGAGGAAAAGGAAGGAAGCGUGGGGAAUGGCACCUCCGGUCCCGUUCGCUUACCUUUUUCUGGCUUCCGGUUAAAAAAAGUGCUGAGAGAGUCGGCGCGGGACAAGAUCAUCUUCCUGCACGGGAAGGUGAAUGAGGCCUCUGGGGACGGGGACGGCGAAGACGCCAUCGUGAUCCUGGAGAAGACGCCGUUCCAGGUGGAGCAGGUGACACAAGUCCUGACGGGCAGUCCGGAGCUGCAGCUGGAAUUCUCCAACGACAUCUAUAGCACCUACCACCUGUUUCCCCCACGUCCGCUGACCGAUGUCAAGACGACUGUGGUGUACCCAGCCACCGAGAAGCACCUCCAGAAGUACCUGCGCCAGGACCUCCGGCUGGUCCGCGAGACGGGGGCCGACUACAGGAACGUCACCCUGCCACACCUGGAGUCCCAGAGUCUUAGCAUCCAGUGGGUGUACAACAUCCUCGACAAGAAGGCGGAAGCUGACCGCAUUGUCUUUGAGAACCCGGACCCCGUGGACGGCUUCGUCCUCAUCCCUGACCUCAAGUGGAACCAGCAGCAGCUCGAUGACCUCUACUUGAUCGCCAUCUGCCACCGCCGGGGGAUCAGGUCGCUGCGGGACCUCACCCCAGAGCACCUGCCGCUGCUCAGAAACAUCCUCCGGGAGGGCCAGGCCGCCAUCCUGCAGCGCUACCAGGUCCCGGCCGAGCGCCUGCGCGUGUACCUGCACUACCUCCCUUCCUACUACCACCUGCACGUGCACUUCACGGCCCUGGGCUUCGAGGCGCCCGGCACGGCGGUGGAGCGCGCCCACCUCCUGGCUCAGGUGAUGGAGAACCUGGAGCAGGACCCCGCCUACUACCAGCGGCGGACCCUCACCUUCGCCCUCCGGGCUGACGACCCGCUGCUCCGGCUCCUGCACGAGGCGCACGGCGGCAGCUGAGCGGUCCCCGGAGCCGGUGGGGAU